UUGACUGUAAACUCAAUAAAAGAAAAGCACUCAAAUUAUAUAUAUUUAUAAAUAAAUUUCUCAAAAGUAUAAAUCGUCAUGAAGCUCCGUCGCAAUCCAUUUCCCCAAAAAACAUCCUCUCUCUUUUUAUUUCUAACUCUGACCGUAAUUGUGCCUCUUGGCUGGAUCUACGAUAUUUGCAUUGUUCUUCCGGCAAUUCAUGAACCAGGCGGACUUCCACAUACUUUUACUUGCUUACUGGCCAUCUUUCUGCUACUUAAUAUAGAGGGCAACUUUUUGGCCAGCAUGAUGACGGAUACCAGUGUUGAUUUUGAAAGCGCCGUGCCUCCUCCUGAUGGAACCGAGGAGCGUUUGGAGUGGAAGCAUUGCGACAUAUGCGAUAAGUUAGCACCUCCUAAAUCCCGACAUUGCAAAUACUGCGGUGUGUGUAUAUUGAAACGGCAUCAUCACUGCGGCUUUACAGGGUAUUGUGUGGGCCAUCAGAAUCAAAGAUACUUUUUGUGCUUUGUGUUGUACACAGUCAUUGGAUCUGUUCAUUCGUUGAUCUAUAAUGCGAUUUACAUGUGGGGACUUAAUGGAUCAGUCUAUAGCAAAAUCUAUUUCAAUUUCUGGCAAUCGAUUAUCAUGACUUGGUUUGAUUUUACAUUUUGGGAAAUUCUGCAGGUUGUUGUCUUUGGACUCAACUUCCUUUUGGUGACCAUUUCCAUAGCUAUUCUCUGUAUGAAUGCAUCUACUUUAUGGUGCAGUGAUGUCUGUUGUCACAAGGAAGUGGAGUUCAAAUACCAUAAUGGAGUUGUUAACAAUUUGAAAAGCGUUUUUGGGCUACGCAUGCACGUCGCUUGGCUAUUUCCCUUCAUCAAUAGCCCAUUACCCGAGGACGGUUAUAACUGGGAAAAGGUUGCACAUGGAGACUCCAGGAAAAAAAUUGAAGAUUGAUUAACAUUGAUGUCUGUAUUAAAUAUAUUAAUAUUAUUUUCAUCAGUUCACUUCAAACGCAUUCUCAAAUAAAUAAAUAAAAAGUCAAACACAUUGUCAAAAUUGGAGAAAUUUUGUAGAAAAUCUACUACAAUACUUUAUACCUGAAGCAUGAAGUUUCGACGGAAUCCUUUACCUCAACAACUUGAGGAAGGUUUGUGCUUUCUUGCCGUAGGCCUUCUUCUGCCUAUUAUCUUUGUCUACGAGAUAAUCUAUUUGUUGCCAGCGAUUCAUGAAAAAGGGAGCUUCGCAUAUGUCUUUAAUCUGCUAAUGGGCAUUCUUCUGGUACUCAACAUAGUGGGCAACCUAAUUGCAUGCAUGAUCAUUGACACCAGUGUAGAUCAUGAUCGUGUGAAGGAAGCAACAAAUGGAAACAUUAAAGAAUGGAAGCAUUGCAAUCGCUGCGAUCGUUUGGCUCCUCCGAGAUCCUGGCACUGUAAAUUGUGUGGUGUCUGCAUCUUGAGACGUGAUCAUCACUGCAUGUUCUCUGGCUAUUGCAUUGGCCAUCAAAAUCAUAGAUAUUUCAUGUGUUUCUUGUUUCAUCUGAUGGUUGCAUCAAUCUAUUCCACCGUCUAUUAUUCAAUCUAUCUUUGGAGAAUUACUGGCUUUAAAUUCAUAUUUCUUAGCUUGAUAAGCAAUUUGUUGGAUUCGCUUGUAACGAUUUUCUAUGUCCUCAACUUAAUUUUAUUGGCUCUCGCAUUUGCUGCACUUUGGAACUAUGUGCCCAUGAUGAUGGCAGGUGAAGUAUCUGGUGAGCAUAAGAAGAACCUAGAAAGUAAAUAUAAUUUCGGAUUGAAUCGAAAUUUGAGAACUGUGCUGGGAGAACGAAUGCAUGUGGUUUGGUUGUUUCCUACUAUCAAAAGCAAGCUGUCUGAAGAUGGUUACUCCUGGAACCCACAGUUAAAACAAGAUCAAUUGGGGGACUAA